UCAGAUGUCGCAAGUAACUGCAUUCUUUUUACGACAAAACGCCCAAUCAAUUUUGAUCAAAUUACAGAUUGGUGGUCUUCCGACCGGAUGAAAUAAUAUCAACUGAUUCCGAGGACCACUAUGCAGAACCAGAAUGAGGCAGACAAAACGGUCUUUGUGGCUAAUUUAGGCAGUUCAGCAAAUGAGGAAAUUCUUUUCGAGCUAUUUUUGCAGGCUGGGCCACUGAAGAAGGUCACCAUCCCCCGAGACCGUGAGGGUCGUCAAAGGUCAUAUGGGUUUGUGUCUUACAAGCAUGCUGAAGCUGUACCCUAUGCCAUUGCCUUGCUGAACGGCACUUGGCUCUUUGGCCGUCAAAUCAGGCUGCAGUACGGCACUGGUAGCUCCUACCAGGAUGAGGGAUCUGGAAGUCAAGGCACAGAGGAUGACCGCGAUGACCCGUCACCUGACACGCCCAGUGUGAAUGCAGGUUUCCCAGAGUCCUCGGUGUUCCACUUCACAGGCCGUGCUGACGACAGCCUCCCAGGCCAGGACCAGUUCAACUGGAACAGCAUGGUGCGUGGCUACCCGUCUGAGCAGUACCCACUGAGCAUCACCCCAGCCCAGCCCCCCCACUAUGCGCCCCACUCGCCCCUGUGUCCUCCUAUUGCCCCGCUACUGCCCUGGCCUAUGCCCGGAUAUCCCAUAUGGGGGCCUACACUACGCCCCUGUCCAAGCCUGGGUCAGGCCUCUCUGCCUCCUCUGCCCCCCAGCUCCACCAAGUCGGUCAAGCAGGCAGCUCACCAGCGAGAAGGACCCAAUGAACAGACAGCCGAGCCAGAAGACCUGGAGCCUGCAAAGCCGCGCAAACACAGGAGAAGCAGGGAGAGGAGACACAGAGUCCAGAGGCACAGGAACAGAUGCAAAAAGUGAGCAUCAGCACGAAUGAACAGUUCAAGAGUAUCCGUUCAUACAAGCUUAAAUGUCUAGCGUAUUUUCAAGAUCCAAAUAUACUAACAGAUCGCCCACAAGCUGUGUGGCUGCUGUGAAAGAUGGUCUUUUUCUCAGCUGAGGCUUUACAACCGCACAAACAGUGUAAAACCAUGGAAGACCACCUGCUCUUGAAUAUAGCCCACAGUAUGCCUUACCAUAUCUGUUUAAGCAGUUUUGUUUAAUUUGCUCUUAAGAGUUUUUCUGUCUGAUAGUCCAGUGUGUUUACACCAAAUAAAUUGCACAUUUCCUGAAGGAA